ACAGCAUUUUCCCCGGUGCCAGCGACUCGAACCAGCUCACCCGCCGGUUCCGAGCGGCUCCCUCGAAAUCCGCAGCUCGUUUGGCCGUCCCGCUGCCCUCCAUCCAUUCAAUCUCAUCCACUCGACUGAUCUGGUCCCUCGGAAACCAUGCUGGGUGCUCUGCGAUCUGUGCGUUCUGCCUUUCAGCCUGCGGCUCGGUUUUCGCUGGCCUUCAACCGCCAGCAGCAUCGGCUCCUCUCGGACUCGCUCCGUGCCAAGUUUGACCAGGCGGUUGCCAACAACAACGUCGUCGUCUUCAUGAAGGGCACCAAGGAUGCUCCUCAAUGCGGAUAUAGCCGUGCUGUCGUCCAGAUCCUGAACGCCCAAGGUGUUGAGAGCUUUGAGUCGAUGAACGUGCUGGCCGACGAAGAGGUCCGCCAGGGCAUCAAGGAGUACACCUCGUGGCCAACCAUCCCCCAGGUCUUCAUCAAGGGAGAGUUCAUCGGCGGAUGCGACAUUAUCUUGAGCAUGCACCAGAGCGGCGAGCUUGAGGAGCUACUCGUCAAGGAGGGCAUUGUCCCCAAGGUCUAACAGCCAACGAACGGCAUCUCUGGUCCGAUUGAAAUCAGCAAAGGGACAGCACUGCCAGUGUCUCGUCCUUCCUUUCGUCUCCUCCAACCAUCAGUGUACCAAAGAAAUAAUAGGAUCCUCCCCGCCCUGGCGAUCAUUUUCCACCCUCCUUCUUCCCCGUUUUGCCUCGGGACUUGUCUGGUGUGCAUUGGUCCAGCCAGCCAGUCAGUCAGUCAGCUCAGCGUGGAUGAUCUGCGACGACACAUCAAUCAAACGUCUCGGUUACUUUUAGCAGAGUUGUAUAUAUAUAGAUCG